AGAAUGACCUAAACGACAUCAAUCAAAGAGGAAUCCUGGGGACGAAGUGAAGCUGCCUGAGAAUGAAAACCGCUGAGCAACCGGAGAUGGUGACACCGGGAGAGGUACUUGGAAAAUCGACGGAGCUUAAAGCCGGAAAAGGUGCAUACGUCCCUCCCGGAGACAACACAAUCUACGCUUCGCUCACCGGAAUCCGCCGUAUUGUUUCGCCGGCUCCGGAAUCCGAUGACCUGAGGCCAAUUGUAGAAGUUGUGGGUCACAAAGCACAUGGCCCAGUUCCAGAGCCUGAUUCUGUUAUCAUUGCGCGGGUGACUAAGGUUAUGGCACGGAUGGCAGCUGCUGAUAUCAUGUGCGUUGGUCCGAAGGCUGUGCGUGAAAAAUUCACUGGCAUAAUCAGGCAACAAGAUGUUAGAGCUACUGAGAUUGAUAAAGUUGACAUGCAUCUAUCGUUCCGUCCUGGAGACAUUGUUAGAGCCAUGGUUUUGUCUCUGGGCGAUGCACGAGCUUACUAUCUCUCAACCGCUAAGAAUGAACUUGGUGUGGUCUCAGCAGAGAGCGCUGCAGGUGAAGCAAUGGUUCCGAUAAGUUGGACAGAGAUGCAGUGUCCAUUGUCAGGCCAAAUAGAGCAAAGAAAAGUUGCCAAAGUGGGCAGUUGAAGCAACAGACGCUAUGGCUCAAGAUAGAUGGAGAGGAGACAUGCUUUUUCUUGGUAUUAUGUUGUUAUAUGAGGAUGAAGACUUGUAGCGUUACAAAUGUUGGCUCUCCUUAACAGUUUUCUUCACUUGGGCGUUGACGCUCCGACUUUUGCAAAAGUGGUUUUUCAUUUUCAGAAAAUUAUUUUGGUUUUUGUAAAAACAGACAUUCAUUCCAGUUUACGAUAUUAGCUGUUGCUUAAAUUUGUUA